AUGCACAGUGGCUCGACCAGCCUCGGCUACGCGGUCGAGGAAGGUCACUGUGACAACUUCGCUAGCGAACAGCAGUCUGACUGUGGCGAGCUUCACGAAAGCCCAGGCGAGAGACACAGUUUCGGCGAGCAGGAGUCCGCUAGCGACGAGCUUUACGAGACUGCAAGUGAGGGUACUGAAAGCAGCAGAAGUGAAGCAGUGAGUGAUGAGGGUAGCGAGAGCGAGUCCGAGUCCAAUGAGGAAGAGCAUAUUCCAUUAUCCUAUCAGAUUCCCACCGAGGAUUUGAGAAACGCAAUGCAGGCUUCUCGAAGCAGUGGUGCAGCGUUCUGGCACUAUCGCCUCUAUCGGGAUCCGGAAGGCCAGGCCGUCCGCGUUCACUACUGCAAGAACAAGGAACAGACAGAGCGAGUGGCUGCACUCUUUGCCGACAAGAACGUCCUCGGGUUUGAUCUCGAAUGGAAACCUAACUGCUUCCCAAGAGAUGGUAUCAAGAAUAGUGUCUCCCUCAUUCAGAUCGCCAGCGAGGAUCGCAUUGCCCUAUUCCACAUAGCUGUUCAUCGUGGUGACACGGCGGACGAGCUGCUUGCUCCAGCUUUGAGGCAGAUCCUGGAAUCACGGGCAAUCACGAAAGUGGGCGUCAAUGUCAGAGGCGACUACGCACGCUUGCGAGACGUGUUUGGCAUCAACCCUCAGGGCUACCUCGAGCUGAGCCACCUGCACCGUGUUGUAAGGUUCUCCGAAUCGCAGCCGGAAAAGGUGAACAAGGUUCUGGUCGCGCUCGCAACCCAAGUGGAGGAGCACCUGCAAUUGCCCUUGUCCAAGGGACCAGUCCGAGCAAGUGACUGGAGCAAGGACUUGACAAUGGAGCAGCAGCAGUACGCGGCUUCAGACGCCUACGCCGGCUUUCGCUUAUUCGAUGUACUGGAAGCGAAAAGGAAACAGAUCAAACCUACCCCGCCGAGGCCGGCUUUUCAUGAGCUGAAUCUUCCCAUCAGUGUCCCAGUCAGAAGUGUCAGGGUCAUUCCUACCAGGACGGCCGCGCAGGCACAGCCACCAGUUGUUCAGGAUGAUGCGAGUGACGCCGACAGCGAGGACAGCGACAUUGCUGCCGUGCCAAGCCAGGUCCUUACCGCAAAAUCUCAGGACACCUGCUUCAUACCAGCAACAGCCUCGUCUGAAAACGUGACAACUGAGUCAAGCGCCGCACAAAACAGCAACGUACAGCCACUGAGUACAGUAAAUGUUCGACUUGUAAAUCAGCUUUCUCGAUCGCUAGAGAACACUUCUCAACAAACCUCUGAGAGACCUCUAGAAGUCAAAACAGCGGAAGCUUGGGUCCAGACAUGGCGAGCCGGCCUACCUGCCAACUACCAGCCCAAAGCUUCGCUCACGAACCUACGGGCUUACUCUCUGUGGCACUGCCAGGCCCUCGAUGUUGAGAUUGUCGCCGCGAAAUUGAGAGACCCGCCGCUGGCAAUGACGACCGUAUCUCUUUACGUGUUGGAAUCUGUGCGUAUGGAGGGCCUGCCAUUCGAUGCUGGCCGGCUUAGGAGUGUGCUAGAGAUUUUGCCGCAGCAUGUGGCGCAGGGUAGAUAUCGGGCGCUUUGGAGGAAACUGCAGUAG